AUGACAGCGCUUCGUAGAGUCUUAUCAGAUGCCCAAGAGCGUGCCUGGUAUGAUCGGCACAGGGAUCAAAUUCUUCAGGGUGGACAAGGUGGCGCUGGCGGUGACUACAAAGAGGAACGAUUAGAUGUCUUCCAGUUCUUCUCGCGUUCAUGUUUCGAGGACUUUGACGAUGGUCCUAAAGGUUUCUAUACGGUUUAUCGACAUGCCUUCGAAGAGAUAGCGGCUGAAGAACGAAGGGCCGCGGAUGAUUAUUCCAAUUCUAGUGAGGAUGAAUUGGCUUCGUUUCCCACCUUUGGUAAGUCAGAUAGCGACUACGACUCUGUGGUGCGGUCCUUCUAUACUUUCUGGGAGGGAUUCACCACUCGCAAAUCAUACUCCUGGGUCGACCGCUAUGAUACACGACGCCUAUCCUCAAGAAUUGAGCGGCGAGCAGCGGAAGCAGAGAACCGCAAAGCUCGUGAAGCAGCUAGAAAGGAGCGCAGUGAAGAGGUUCGUCAACUCGUCGCCUACGUGCGUCGUCGGGAUAAGCGAUUGGAGGCGCAGAGAGAACGCCUUGCGGAGGCUGCCAAACAUGCGCAUGCGCGAAAUCAAGAGCAGGCGAGCAAGGCAAGACAGAGGAAUGCUGCGGACUUAGAGAAAGCCUGGGCUCACGAAAUGGCCGCUGGAGGACUGGCCACCCUAUGGGCAGACGAAUUUGAAGCAGAGUUGACCCGAAUUGAGGCCGAAAUGGAGGAGAAGAACAGAAAGAAGAACAGCGCCUUUGCGACCAAAAGUAUGGAUUCCUCGGAGGAGGAUGCAGAAGAGGAAGAAGCGGGUGAUGAAAAAUUGUACUGCGUUGCAUGUGAUAAGAGUUUCGCCAGUCAGCCAGCGAAGCGGAAUCACGAAGCUUCAAAGAAACACAAGAAGCAAGUGGAGUUACUCCGAGAGGUGCUGCUCGAGGAGGAACAACUGAUUAUAGGAGAAGCGGGUAGUGGGAGAGGGCAUAGCGCUGGUGAGGAGCCGUUGGAGAGUGAGGAAGAAACUUGUCUCGUGAAUGGGGCACAUUUGACAAGACGAGCAAAGCAGAAUAGGAGGCGACAGCAACGUGUUACUGAAGUUGUAGAGGAAGAAAUGAAUCCUUCUGAGACAAUGACGGAUGAAAAUAACGGUCAGGAUGAUACCACUAAGGUUAUGGCGGCUGAUUCUUUAAAUAUACCCAAAAGGAAAACCAAACCGAAGGCUUCACUACGGCCCGUUCCGAACAACUCAUCAAAUGUCUGUUUAAUCUGCAUGGAGGAGUUUCCUUCAAAAAACAAACUCUUCACACACAUUAAAGUGGCCGGUCAUGCGGCACUAAAAACCGCACCACAAACAUUGCCAAAAAAAAGCAAAAAUAAAAAAUGA